AAUCCUCCCCCUUUUGAAGACGACCAACCGCACUACACGGAAGAAAGUCUGUUACUUUGUUUGUUCCUCACGCUUCAAUCCAUUCGCUGAGUACCGAGCUGCCUCUGCAGCUGUUUUUCUCAUCGAUCUUCGAGCUCCGAAGCGCGAAAUUCGUUAACGGAAAUGUAUGUCUGUGGGGGAAAGAGCGUUUCGAUUUUUGUCUGAAACCUCUUCUACUUAGCUCCACGACUGACGAGGUGAAGCAGAAGUCAGCUUCAAGUCUUCAACUGGGUGUUUCGUUUUCGUAGGGACAUGGCUUUGUGCGCCAGAUUUUGUUGCGGAAAGACUUCGAAUCGGAAAGAGAAACCGAAGAAGCAGCAAACCUGGAGGGUUUUUUCCCUGAAGGAAUUACACGCAGCUACAAACAAUUUUAACUACGACAACAAGCUUGGAGAAGGGGGAUUUGGUAGCGUUUAUUGGGGACAGCUAUGGGAUGGUUCUCAAAUUGCUGUUAAAAGGCUGAAGGUAUGGAGCGACAAAGCUGAUAUGGAAUUUGCUGUUGAGGUGGAGAUUCUGGGUAGAGUCAGGCACAAAAAUUUAUUGAGCUUGCGUGGCUAUUGUGCUGAAGGGCAAGAGCGUCUAAUAGUAUAUGAUUACAUGCCUAACUUGAGCUUACUUUCUCACCUUCAUGGGCAUCACUCAGCAGAACUUCUUGGUUGGGACCGGCGGAUGAAAAUCGCAAUAGGAUCUGCAGAGGGAAUUACCUAUCUUCACCACCAUGCCACACCACAUAUAAUCCACAGAGACAUCAAAGCUAGCAAUGUGUUGCUAGAUUCAGAUUUCGAGGCCCAAGUUUCUGAUUUUGGAUUUGCAAAGCUUAUACCAGAUGGGGCGACUCAUGUUACCACAAGGGUAAAGGGCACCCUUGGCUAUCUUGCCCCCGAAUAUGCCAUGCUUGGAAAAGCAUCAGAGAGCUGUGAUGUCUAUAGUUUUGGUAUACUUCUACUAGAGCUUGCUAGUGGAAAGAAACCCAUAGAGAAACUCAGUCCAACAAUGAAGCGCACCCUCACCGGUUGGGCCCUGCCAUUGGUAUGCCAGAAUAAGUUUAGUGAAGUGGCAGACCCAAAGCUAAAUGGGAAAUACGUGGAAGAAGAGCUAAAAAGGGUGCUUCUUGUUGCACUCAUAUGUGCUCAAAAUCAACCUGAGAAAAGACCCACCAUGCUUGAGGUAGUGGAACUGCUGAAGGGAGACUCGAAAGAAAAGCUAGCCAAUUUAGAGAACAAUGAGUUGUUUAAUCCAACAAAAUCUGGGAGCCAUCAGGAGGGGUCAUCAAGUGCAGAGGAUAGCACAGAUUUUAUCUCAGAGGAGAAAGAUGAAGAGGAACUGAAAGAAGAGAAGGCUGACCAUGCGCAUAGCAGCUGAAGGUCUUAUACUCGGACUUCCAGUAAUAUAGAUAAUCAGAAGAAAAAGAAAAAGAGAUUGAUGAAGUUAUAAUAUGACAUCAUAUAUAUUGACAUCUGUUUACUAGGGAAUGAUGGCAUUGGCAGCAUUUUGGAAGCACAGCGAGGAUUAGAGUGCUGCUUAACCAUUUGAAACUUGGAAGCAUGGUGUGGGGAUUAAUUUGAAAGUGUGCCGGUUUGUGUUGUAAUUCUUUUCAUUUUUUUACCUUGUUUUCGCUAAUAUGUUAAGAUAGUAAACUGUUAUAUUCGUUUUGUUAGGUGGUUUUGAUAUUUUCUUGAGCAGUGAAGGUUGCUCAGGCCACCAAUUAUCUGAGGUGGUCAUACCGUCAGUGUCUAUAUUUGUAAUCAUUUUUUAAGCUUCGUUAACUGGAAACAGGAUUAAAAUUGGUAUUUUUCUGAAUUUUAGUAAGACUAAACAGAUCAUUGACUGUAA